AGAAGAAGCUCUUUUUCACGAUGAUUAAGCCGUUGGAAUAUAUAAACAUGAUCAACAUAAUUCGUUGCUAGUUGGGCAUAUACCAAUCGAACUUUCAUUUCUAAUUUGCAAGUUCUUGUCACAAGAAGAAUCGCCAAAGUUUAUUGUUUAAAUAACCCUUAGGGGUUUACCCUUGUCUUUAAAAAAAUUUAGCUGCAUAAUUUAAAAGGGAAUUAGUUUGAGAAAAAGAUUAAAGGUCAACCAACCAUACUUGUUGUUGUCGUAUGUAUAUAAAAAACAAACGUAUUUUUUGUAAGAAAUACUCAACGGAAUAUGAAUCCUUCAUAGAUGCAGGAAGGAGCUGCUCUAAGCAUGUAAAAUGAUUGGAUUGCAAUGGACAGGGUAGCUGCUAGCUAUACACUCGAUGAGGGCUAACCGCAUUGAAUUUAAAUCAAUUAGCAAAUACAUCGUGAGGCCGGUGGACGAGACGUUCUUUUCAUGGUGAUAGGCGUGUGUUAGCAUAAAUUCUAGACGGCCCGUAGCGCCCUUCAGUGGAAGGUAAACAGGAAGUGGAGCAACUAUUACUAAAUGCAUGAUAUAAAAGACUACAACACGGAAAUUUUCACAGGCCCUACCUCUUGCGGCAAGACACAGCGUGUACUGAACCUCCUGGAAAAUGAGUAUAAAACGAAAUACCACAAUAUUGUCAUACUGUGCCCUACUCUGAAAUGGAAUAAACCAUGCCUUGAGAGGGCAACGCUAUGGCGUGACGAAUAUGUGUUUCUGAUUGAUCCUAAGGAACAACUAUUUGAAUGGAUCCAAAAACUGUCCUCGUUGUUGGCAGAUAAAAAGAGUAUCUUCGUAGUCGACCACGUCAUAGCCGAUGAAAGCCUCGACAAGCGUCGACAAUCACUACUUAAGCUUGCUAUCAGUGAUAGGCACCGCGAACACAGCUUGUGGCUACUUAAGCAGUCAUAUACCGCUCUCCCCAAAAAUUUGAGGAGGUAAAAGAAGGCCCUGUUUCUGUGCUACCCUAAUGAACGGAGCGACAUGAAGCUGCUGGACGAGGAGACGAAUUUAAUCCCAGACUGGGAUCAAAUUAAAGCCGAGCUUAAAAAAGCAAGCAUUCAUGCCUAUAUGUGAGAUUGACACUCUAGGACUUGGAAGAUUCUCGAAUGACCACGUUGAAAUCCUCUGGCCCUCGUCUCUAUAUUUGAAAGAUGUCGUCGCAAGUUAUGUUCAACGCAGGAGCCAUCGAGACCCUGGCCAACAACCAGGAUCAAUCUAUGUUCAAACGUGCCGAUUUGGGGAGGUUUUUAGGAAUUGAUGAUAUAAAG